CUGGAAUAGAAAAGGAGAUCCACUUCAUAAAUUAUUCGGGGUCACUAUUUCGGUGCGUCGCCGUCUCCGCGCUUAUCGUUGUUCCCGCGCGGGAGGGCGAUAAGUACAUACAUCGCGAUUAAACCCACUAAAACAAAAUGAUCGUGGCUAACCCCACCAAUUAGGGAACCCGAGAAAUCUCAGUAUCACCUAACUAUCCAGAUCGAGGCCAAACUCUCAGGAACAGCCCGACUUUUACAAGAGAAAGACAGCAGAAUAUCCAUCUCUCUUAUUUUAGAGUGUGUGCAUGGCUGAGCAAAAGAAAAGAGCUAUGGCGGGUCCUGAUCGGUCAUCGAAAAGAAGAAAAGGGGGCGAUAAACGGUACAAGCAGCAGACCCAAAAGAAAGUCGCCAUCGAAUCCGGUGAUUCUGGCGUCUUUGUGACAUGCGACAUAGGCAGAGAGCACAAAGCGUCCAUGGAAGCACUUGAUCUUUUCUCUGAGGCAAUGGGGAAUAACGAGGAUGAUGUACCCGAAACUGAAGACUCAGGUGCUGAUGAGGAUGAUAUCGAAACCCAAAUCAGAAAGGAAAUGGAGGGUCUGAAGCCCAAGUCGGGUGGUAACCGUCGAUUCCAAGUGAUUAAGAUGGAAAUGCCGUGCAUGUCAUUUAUUAGACUCGACAAGUCGAUAGAUCCUGUGGAUCUGGUCCACAGCAUAUGUGUUGACGCUCAAAAAAAUCCCGACAAGAAGAGAAGCCGCUGGAUUAUGAGGAUGACCCCCGUCACUGCCAUUCGAAAGACCCUCAGCGUAAACCUGGAAGACUUUGCGAAGGAAAUCCUUAAGCCUCACUUCCAUUCUGGUGGACCUCCGAAGAAGUACGCCAUCCGUCCUAAUGUGAGAAGUAACAAACAAUGGGGACGGGAUAUCAUCAUCAAGACAGUAGCAGAUGCAGUCGGUCCGGGCCACAGCGUUGAUCUCAAAAACUAUGACCUUAUCAUUUUGGUCGACGUCGUCCAGAAUGUUAUUGGAAUGAGCGUUGUCGGCAGUGACUAUGACUCGCUCAAGCGCUUCAACCUGGCAGAACUCUACAAUCCAGCCGACAAGCCACAAGAAUCUCGUGUAGGCUUAGCUGAGGCCGCUGAGCCAGGAUCCAAGGAAUAG